GCCAUUCCACGGAGCUGGCGUUCACCGUAGAGCCCGGUGACCACAUUGCCGUGCAGGAGCAUCCCCUAGCCCUGCCCUGCCUGGUGAAAGGGCUCCAGCCGAUCAGCAUCACAUGGCGGAAGAACGGGGCCGUGCUGGCGGACAGCGAGGACGCCUUCACCCUCGCCAACGGCUCCCUCUACUUCUCCCACUUCCAGAAACUCAGGGGCGAUGGGUCUUCCGACGAAGGGGAGUACGAAUGCACAGCACGGAACCGCUUUGGGUUGCUGGUGAGCCGGAAGGCGCGGAUUCAGGCAGCCACUAUGUCUGACUUCCACGUCCAUCCCCAGAGCAUAGUGGUGGAAGAAGGAGGCGUCGCUCGGUUCCAGUGCCAGAUCCGCGGCUUGCCAGAGCCUGUGAUCUUGUGGAAGAAGAACCAGCUCCCUAUUGAUACAGACAAUGACAGGUACACACUUCUCCCUAAAGGGGUUUUGCAGAUAACCGGCCUGCGAGCGGUCGAUGCUGGGAUUUUUCGCUGUGUGGCUACCAACAUUGCCAGCGUGAAGUUCAGCCGGGAAGCCCAUCUCACUGUUUCAGGGUCUCAUUCUGCAGUGUACAAGGAUCCCAUGAUCCUCGUCGGACCGGAGAACCUGACUCUAACGGUGCACCAAACGGCCGUCCUGGAAUGCAUGGCGACGGGGAACCCCCGGCCGAUCGUCUCCUGGAGCCGGCUCGAUGGCCGGCCGAUCGGCGUGGAAGGAAUUCAAGUCCUCGGGACGGGCAACCUGAUGAUCUCUGACCUCACGGUGCAGCAUUCAGGGAUAUAUGUGUGUGCGGCUAACAAGCCUGGCACCCGAGUGAGAAGGACGGCCCAGGGAAGACUGGUGGUCCAAGCCCCCGCAGAAUUUGUCCAGCACCCUCAGUCCAUUUCCAGGCCCUUGGGGACCACGGCCAUCUUCACCUGCUUGGCUCAGGGGGAGCCUCCGCCGCAGAUAACGUGGCUGAAGAACGGGCAGAUUCUGGAACCGACGGACCACAUCAAGUUGAAGAAUAACAACAGCACGCUGACCAUCUACGGCAUCAGCCAGGGAGACGAGGCCAUCUACCAGUGCAUCGCCGAGAACAGCGCCGGAUCCACGCAAGCCAGCGCCAGGCUGACGGUGCUUUGGGCCGACGGGCUGCCCGGCCCGCCCCAAAAGGUGAAAGCCACGACCGUCUCGGCGACGACCAUCCAAGUGUCGUGGAGCGAGCCACUGCAGAAUACCAAGGAGAUUAUCGGCUAUGUCCUGCACAUACGGAGAGCGACAGACCCUGUGGAGAUGGAGUACCAGGAGGCCGUCAGCAAAAACACUUUCCAACAGCUCGUGACGGACCUUGAGCCCUCGACCAGCUACAGCUUCUACAUUAAGGCAUACACCUCUCGGGGUGCAAGCAAGGCCUCGGAUGUCAUGGUGGUGAGCACGCUGGGGGAAGUGCCGGCUAUCCCGUCUCUCUUCAUCAAAGUCCUCAACAGCACCACUGUCCAAGCCACGUGGGAGCCCUCCAUCAAACUGGGCCAGCACGAAGGAUUCAAGCUCUUCUACCGCAGGGUUCACCUGUCCCAUUUUAACGGCCCCAUCCUGCUGCCCAGUAAUACCACAUCUUACAACAUCACUCACCUGGACCCCACGGUGGUGUAUGAAGUCAAGCUGCUCGCCUAUAACCAGCACGGUGACGGGAACGCCACCAUUCGCUUCGUAUCGCUGCGAGAGUCGGUCGAAAGGACAGGUCUGAGCCCCCCCUGCGACUGCAUGAAGGACGAACAAGCGAACAAGACCUCGGCCACGGGGAUCAUCAUCGGGAUCCACAUCGGCGUCACUUGCAUCAUCUUCUGCGUGCUCUUCCUUAUGUUUGGGUACAGGGGACGGUUGCUGAUGUGCAAGAAUGUCCAGGAGCAAUUGUCCACCCCCCAGAUUCCGAGAAGCCAGAGGAACGCUGCGGGGCUGGCCUUGAACGGAUCAGCCCGGAGGGACAGGGAGGAUCCAGACGCCAAUGGGAAGCCCCUGGACAUGAACGAACUGGAGAGGCUGUUUCCGGCAUUGCCUUCCCCUGCGGAGCGUCACAACAAAGGGAUUGCGCUGGAGCCUCUUCCUCCUACCUCACAUGACGAAACCCAGAUCUCAACGCUUCCACCGGAUGAAUUCAGCCUCAUUGAAGAGCAGAGUGACCCGGCGUUCCAAAACCUGCCCACCGGCUCCCACGGCAGAGCUCUGAUCGCCGUCAAGCAGGAAGACCCCAAUUUGAAGCCCGCUCCAACCAAUGAAGGAUAACGUUGCCAGGUCUUAACGUGUCUCGUUUUCCGGGUCUGGCAAUGGCUUUUGUGACGACUCCGUAAUCUCAGGUCAAUUUAAAAGAUUCCUACGGCCCGUUUCGUAGAUUUCUGUAGGGCAAGCCUUGUGGAAGUUCCAUGAAGUUUUAUCUUCCUGAGGUGUCUCAGGACUCCUGGCACAUUCCUUCCUUUCUGGAUCUCAGCCGUUCGUUCCACGGCAGCCGAUUUGGCAGUUCCUCGAGACUGCUUUACGCUGAUGCCAAACUCAGUGGGAACCUCGUGUCAAAUCGGUCAACCGACACGGGUUUCCCCCACGUUGGCAGCUUUAGAAGGAUUCCUCCACGAAACCACUUCCGUGACAAGUUGAGGGAACUGAUUACAUCAGAACCUUUUAACUUGACUCCAAAAAUAUAUGGAUAUCAGGCUGUUGGUUGGCCAAACCUCUCCGUGGGAUUUGAAGACACUUGGUCAUUCUGUGCAUUCAACUCUCUCUAAUUCUCAGGAUGGUUUGUUUUCUGACAAACUCUUGUAACGGCAAAGCUAGCGUGUCAAAACGAGGGCCUUCGAGAAGGCUACUGAAAGAAGAAAAAAAAAAACUUGGACUAACAUCCCGAGUAAGCCCAAUACCUACCUCAACCGGAAUUGAAUGUCUCUUGGGAAGAAGCAAAUAUCUUGUGUCUUCCUUUUGUUUUUCAAAGCAAGUAGUGUAGCAUUUGGUCAGUACGUGUUUUGGUACUACCUCAGAGAAGCCACACUCCAUGUCUACCAUGUUGGUUGUUCUUUUUUUUAAUUUUUGUUUUUGUUUCUAAGUAUUCCUUUUGUCGUCAUCGUCGUUUCAAUGUAAAGCACUUCCAAAACCUUGAAAGCAAUGUUCUACCUCAAGAUGUUUUUUAUAGAAGAACCGUGGCGUUUUGCGUCAUCCGGACCGCCCCUUCAUCUCUUGGUUUCUUUUCUGGGCCGGCAUUCCAAAAGGCUGAAUUCACAAAACAGCAGGCGUGGAAUCUCUCUCCCCCCGCCCCCCAAAUAGUGUUACGAGCUUUACUUUUAGUCAUGUUGCUAGCUAACUGGUAUAGAGAUUUUUUUUUUACUGUGUCAAGAGUUUAAUAUGGUGUUUAAUAUUUUCCUUUUUUUUAUUUUUUAAGAUUGUUACUGUUGUAGCAAAAGGCAGGGCCGCCCAUGGUUUUAAGACAACUGUGACCUGUAAUGCUGGGGAUGGGUGAGUGGGGGAUCAAGUUUCAGGUUUAUGACUGGGAGCUCCCACUCUCGAUUAGUUCACACAUAUGUGCCGAUUGCUGGAUGGUUAAAAUUUUAAGUAUUCCAUGGGUCAAUUGGCUUAUGGCCUCCUGGAGAGGACUCUUACAUCUCCUGGCACACAGACAAUUGGGAAUGAAUUUCACAUCUUUGUCAACGGAUGCUUCAAGCCAAGUCACAUGGGAUGUCUGUUUCGACCAGCUUAGCUUGCUUUGGGUGGAUAUUGGCUCCUCAAGACUGCCAGCGAAGGGAUAUUUUAUUUCUGGUCUUGCCACCUUGAAGCUCUUUUUUUCUGGAGAGGCCAAGGAUUGAACUUCUGACACCCAAAAAUGGUGCGUCACAGCUGUGGCCCCUCUCCACCAAGUUUGCACACAUUCCCAUGCUGUUUCCAUGUGGCCAGGGGGUGAUGUGUUACUCUGAAUUCUGUAGCAUUCCCAUUUUAGUAGGUUGCCAUCCAAGCAAUGGGCGUGCACCUGUGUGAACCAAACUGCAGUCAGACCUGUUUGUGAAGGAUGAACCCCCCCCCUCAAGUCUCCAGUUGCUUGGGUGCGACUGGCACCCCAGUUGACCUCUGGAGGGCGUUCCCUCAGGCAUUUUUUCAGGUCACCCAUGGGUGGCGCAGUUGGUUGUAGACCUCAUAUUUGAAGCCUUAGAAUGUAGCGUGUUUUCUAGAGGCUGACGACCUACCUCAGUCCAUAUACAGUCAAGGAGCCACAAAUACAGGACAUUCCCCCCGCCCCACUCCAGUUCACUGACGUAAGGUAAGGGGAAGCAUUCCACAAAACAGGCAUGGAGCUCCCUUUGGAUGGAGCUCUCUUGUGUGGAGCUCCCCUCUGUGCUGUUUCAUGAAAGGGACAAGUCAGCCUUCAAUGCCUCCCACCCGGGUAGGAAGCUCCGGAGCAGUCGUUUCAUUCUUCCAUGUUUCUUUGUUUCAGAAUGUUUCAUGCCAAUAGCUAUUUUUAUACACGGCGAUUAAUUUUUUUUUAAGGGGAAAAAAAUGGUUUUCCUAAGA